UAAAUCGUCUGUUUCACAUAAGUGUGUCUGUAAUAUAAGAUUUGAAGAUGUCCGCUCCACGAUUGCCACCGCUUCCAACAAUACGAGAUAUAUUGAAACUGUACCGCUUAAAUGCCGUAAAACGUUUGUCUCAAAAUUUUCUCCUGAACCAAAAUUUAACCGACAAAAUUGUAACGAAGGCGGGAAAACUCGCCGGCAGCCACGUACUGGAAGUCGGUCCCGGCCCGGGUGGAUUAACCCGAUCUAUCUUGAGAAAGGUCCCUGAACGAUUGGUAGUCGUAGAAAAAGAUACGAGAUUUAAACCGACUUUAGAUAUGAUAGCAGAUUCAUUUGAGGCAAUAAAUGGGAAGAUGGAUAUAAUAUACGACGAUAUCAUGAAGACGAACAUAGAGAGUCUAUUCCCGGUGGAGAAAAAGAGGAGUUGGAACGAUAAACCUCCAGAUAUUUUCAUCAUAGGCAAUUUACCGUUUAGCGUGUCGACAGCUCUCAUAGUUAAGUGGCUACACGCGAUAUCCGAACAGCGCGGACCUUGGGCGUUCGGUAGGACGAAAAUGACGUUGACGUUUCAAAAAGAGGUAGCGGAACGUUUGGUGGCUCCACCGAUGGGAGACCAACGAUGCAGGCUGUCAGUAAUGGCACAAACCUGGACAUUUCCAGUACUUCGUUUUAUUAUACCUGGCGAAGCUUUCGUACCAAAACCGGAUGUCGAUGUGGGAGUGGUGUCGUUUACACCGUUGGUCAAACCACGCACGCAACACAAUUUUGAAUUCUUCGAAAUGAUAACGAGGCACAUGUUCAGUUUCAGACAGAAGUACAGCAUACGAUGCGUCGAGACUUUAUUCCCAUUGGAACGCCGCAAAGAAUUAGGUUUGAUGAUGUACAAAUUGGCUGACUUGGAACCGACCCUCAGGCCGACACAACUUACCGUGGCGGAUAUCGACAGGCUAGCGACCGCUUUCAAAUAUCUGGUGGAGAAACAACCGGAGCUUGGAUUGUAUAACUAUCGCGCGUCUCGGCAUUUAUUACCGUUAAAAAAUACGAGGGAUAUUGUAGUACAGAACUGUGAAGAGAUGCUAGAAGAAAACUAUGCAGAGACGCUAGAAGGAAACUGUGCGGAGACGCUAGAAGGAACGAGUACCUAAGCGGGACGAUUUAUACACGGAAACGUGCAUCAAAUUUCACUUUUAUUAAAUCGCAGGUUGUAAUGCAGCGGAUUAACUCGUUACAAUGAAUUUCGGUUAGAACUGUGUGAGAAUUGUAAAUAUACAUUUAUAUACAUACACAGUAUGGCUUAAUUCUUAAAUAAAAAUAUAGUACAAUGUA